AUGUAUUCCGAAUGGGCUUCGCUCGUUCCGAUUAUAUCGGACAACAUCAACAAUGCCCAAACGCAGAGCGUUUUGGGCAAGUUUAGCAUCGUCGGUGGGCGUGAUGUGGCAGCCGUGGUGAUCAAGCAGCUGGCCAGCACGCUCGGCAUCACCGCCAGUGCGGAACCGAGCAAUCUUAAGACGGACCAGGAGGUCCAAUGGUGUAUGGAUGUGAUUUGUCACGGGCUCUCGUUGCCGUUGACGGAACACGACAUCAUCAAGGACGGUGUGAAUAUCUACUGCGAGUGGAUCAGUGCCGUGCUGCCGCAGUGCAAGAUUAGCGUUCCCAAGCCCAUCCUGGACGAUCCGAACACGUAUGUGCGGAAAAUUAUCAAACACCUGUACAACCUGUUCGUGCCCCGCCCGGGAGAAGGCACGGAUACGAUCAACCGGCAAGCGGUGCUAUGCCAUCGCGUGCUCCGAACCCUGCAAGACACGGCUCAAAACUCACAAAUUCUCACGGUCGAAACCUGGGAAGCGUUGCUACUGUUUCUGUUGGCCAUCAACGAAAUCCUGCUCGCACCACCGAUUGUGAAGGAUGACGUCGGAGAUCAGCUGUGCGAGCGAGUACUGAGCGUGCUGUUUGAAGUGUGGCUACUGUCCUGCAGUCGCUGCUUUCCGUCCCCUUCGCUGUGGAAAACGUUCCAGGAGUCGUGCGCAGCCUGGCGGCACCGUAUUGCACUGGUGGAGCAGUGGAACCGUGUGAACCUGGUGCUCACUGCCAAACUGCUCGAGUUCACCUACGGACCAGCGUUUCCCGAGAUGAAGAUAGCCGACGAGGACGCGCACCUCGUGCCGGACGGUAUGACCAACGAUGGCAUCGCCCAGGCAUGGAUUCGGUUUCUGAAGAUACUGGGACCACCGAUGGAUCUGUGCUGCCCGCAGGUCAUCAGCCGGACGCCCCAGUUCAUCCAGGCGGUGCUGGUCAACGCGGACGGCAUCGAGCCGCAGCAUCAUCCGUGUUUGCUGAAUUUGCCACAAAUCUUUCUCAAAACGAUGAAAGGAAUCGCCGGCCUGGUGGAUGCUUUUCUCGCCAUGCUCUCGCUGUGUCAGGAGAAUCGAUACGCGCUGGCCGCCAACCGGCCACGGUGUAACAGCAUACUGCACCUUUUUGGCGAGUGGCUCUUCGAUGCGGCCCACAUCGGUGGCGAGACCUGGAUCCACAACACCAAAAAGCGUGCGGCCGAAGCGAAACGGCGCCCAUCGUCGAUGAUCAUGGACAACCGGAAGGGUAGCCUUUCGCAGCCCCCGUCACUGUCGGAGGUGAACGACGUGGCGCCGGGUCUUACGAUCGAUCGGUACGAGUCCGGCAAAGCGGAAGCCCUCGGGGCGCUGUGUCGGAUAUUUUGUGCGAAAAAAACGGGCGAAGAAAUACUGCCCGUGUACCUGGCACGCUUCUACAUGGCGCUGCACCAGGGCCUGAAGACGAACGAGAGUCGCGAAUGCAUGGAAACGCUGGCCAGCAUACUGUACAACUCGUCCGACCUGUUCCGGAUCGAUCUGGAAGGCAUACAGGUGCUGCUGCCGGCGUUCAUCGCCGCCCUGGAGCUGAUACUGCCCGAAAAGGAGCUAAAGCUUCGAUCGCAGAACGUGAUCAUCAACAAGACCGAACUGAGGCGGGCCGGUGUCAACAUUCUGCUAUCUAUUCUGGCCCUACCGUUGCACUUUCAAACACUCCCGAUCCGUGACAUCGGCGGUGGACCCAACGAUCGGACCGUGACCUUCAUCCAGCUUAAGCCGAGACUGAUGAACAUUCUCAUGAACGCACUGCAAGUCGAAACGGACCCACACAACACUCACAUGCUGCUGGGCGGCUUGCACCUGUGCGUCCAGGACUCGGUCACGUUCGAAGCCUUCGAAGCCAAUCCGGGCGCCAUCGGCUCGAUGCACCCGACGGCCCAUGCCGGCGAAGCUCAGCCCAAUUUGCUCAGCUCAGACAGUGCGCAUGCACUCUUCGUGCGAGCUACCUAUCUGGUGUGUCACCGUCUGAUAUCGUCGUGGAAAACGGAUUUAAAUGUUUCGCUGGCUGCACUGGAGCUGCUGUCGGGUUUGGCCGCAAUGCAUGUUAAAGAUUCGGACGCUCUGGAAUGCAAACGUGCGGUGAAGUGGAUUUGCGACUACAUCUGCUACCAGUGCUCCCGGCCACCGCCCGCACACGUAAAGGAUUUGCACAGCACCAUCGUGGCCGCGUUCCAGUGUACGUCCGCGUGGCUGAUGAAUCACCCGUACCUGCUGCACGACAAAGAGUGCCUAACGAUCGUGCUCGAGGUGGUAGAGUUGGGCAUCUCGGGCUCGAAGAGUGUCGGUAAACCGGGCGAACCGGUUCGGUACAAGGAUGAGAAAGAACUGAAGCCAGCCAGUAUGCGAGUGCGGGAUGCCGCCGAAAAUAUGCUCACCAUGAUACUGGAGCAGAUCGACUACUUCCCGAACGAGUGCGGCAAACAGUCGCUUUCGUCGCUCCUGGAUGAGGUCGUUCUGGCGAAGCACUCGAACAACGGCGCCGGGGAGACCACGGGCGGCGGCGUAGGAGAGUUGCCACCGGAGUUGGCCAUUAAAAAAUUUAAAUAUUUCGUUACCGAAAACUCGACCGUGCUGGCCCUGUUCGAGGAACCCCUAGGGAACGAUCAGGAUCCGCAGCCAACGGUUACGACACUGAUCCGGGGACCGUUUGGACGGCACGCUUGGACGAUGCAGCUGCGGCAUCUGUCGCGGAGUAAGUCAGGCACCAAAUACCACGCCCCGAACCCGGGCCGGCCCGUGCCGAUGAACGACAUUCUGAUACGGCAGGAGAUGGAGUACAAACACUUUCCCGAUUCCGUCGAGCGGAUCCCACCGUGCAUCGUGGACCACUCCAUUCCAACGUUGGACUCGGCGGAGCAGAAAAUCGGUAACCAGUGCACCAAACAGUUGGCCCGUCUGCUGGAGGAUCAGCUGGGGUACGAAAAAUUGUCUUGGGCCGAAACGGAAUGUUCCGUCGAUGGCCUUGGGCAUGCUCAGGAAGCUUCGCCACCGAACGUGUGCCACGAGUUUCAGGCCGCACGCCUCUUUUUGUCGCACUUUGGAUUCCUUACCAUCGGCCAGAGCAACACCGGUGGUGGCCAGAAGCUGGACGGUAGUACACCGCUGCUCACGACGCUCGACUCGUCGAAGCCGGAGUUUGGUCAGGAUUUGAAAAUGCUCGAUAAAAUGAGCCCUCGGUCGUGUGACACCAUUCACGUGUUCUACGUGAAGGCAAGCCAAACGACGGAGGCCGAAAUCAUCGGCAACAUGGACCCCGAGAAUGUGCCGUCGAUUGAUGGACACUUUUGGCAGAUGCUCUACAUGAUCGGGUGGCCAGUGAAGGUACAGGAGCACGCCGGGUGGACCGGUUUCAUUGGCACCAGCUGGAAGAUCCCGCGGGACUAUAAAACCGUUGCGUCGAACCGCAACGAACCGCUCUCGGAGGCUGCCCAGUGGCAGCUGAACGGAGAACAGAAAGUGCUGUACUGGGCCGAUGUGUCCUCGGAAAUGGCAAUCGUGGUGCCGAAUCGGAACAAUAAAUUCGACGCAACAGGUUCCAGUGGUGGUGCCGCAGACGACGCGGUCGAUGGGAACUGCUGUCCUACGACGACGGCCACGACGGCGACGAUGUACGAGCGCAGUCAACCGCGCCAGUUUUCGCUGGACAGCGAAUCGACGCGCUUCGGAUCGAUGAGCAAAUCCGCGGAUCCCAUUCCGCCCGUGCGCCGCCGGACGGGAGCAUCCAAACCGAGCAGCCACUACACGGCACCGUCGGCGAAGAUACUGCUCGUUUGGCUGGAAAGUUUCGAGGACUAUCUGACGUUCCCGAUCGAGGACUUGUUGCCGUACACCAGCGCCGGUCAGCCCGUUCCCGGCGGAGGUGUGUCCGGGGUGAACGCCAGCGAGUGUUUCAUUAUCUACCUGCACGCCCUAUCGUCCGGAUUGCUGAGAGUAAAGUUGCAGGGCCCGGUCGGGCGUAUGAAUUUCGCCAUCCCGCUGGUCGACGGUAUGGUGGUCAGCAAGCGUGUGAUUGGAUCGCUCAUUCGGCAGACGGCGUGUAAUAUGGCCAAACGGAAACGAUUAGACAAUGAUUCGUAUCAACCGCCUCACGUUCGUCGGCGUAUUAAAAUCCAAGAGAUAAUGCAAAAGUACAAGAGAGAUCUGACCGAGCCGGAGAUGUUGGCCGAGCUGUUCAAGCAAGCUCUUUAAAACCCGAGUAUUACAAUGAAUUACGCACCUGGCGACACAACAAAUAAUUCUUUCCACUCUUCUCUAGUGAUUGUUUGGUUUAGUCUAAUAUUUUAAUGAUAAAUUAUCGUCCAAUGCACCUGACCUAUAACACUAGCAGUGUUGUUUUCACGAGUCCCGGCU